ACGAACGCGUUCAGGUCGACUUGGUGAGGCACAAGCGUUAAACACUGAUGGUCUCAUCGCUUUAUCUGACGUGCGCCAAGCGUUUUGCACCGCAUUUCUCGCUCGGCGUCUCCGCGUUUCCGUAUACCUACAUUCUUGCCUGGUAGAAAGUUUCGCUCGCACGUAUAUUGGAAUCGCAAGUUCAAUGUUCCACUCUGUCCUGUUAACCUCGAUAGUAAAGAUAUCUGUGAUCGUCUUGUGUACUUACUCACCAGUUCGCUGGCAUUGUCGCGCAGAUACCAACUACUGAAUCGCGGAAGCGCGGAAGGGCUCGAACGAAAUGUCGCUAAGAAAGUCUUCGCGGAACAGCCGAGAUUGAAGAUCUAGUCAUCAUAUGUGAUUGGACAGGUGCAAUUCAGGCGAAGACGCGAGAGUGGCUCUUGAAGAAGAAGUGGCUCCACUCGCUUGGAAAUUUGUGUGCCUGCGCUAAACGACUCGGCAAUUUCAGUUAGUGGCCAGUUCAGCUUUCCGGACCGGCCGUGCUGUUGUUAUUGUUACUUUUGCCCGCGCUGAACAAAUAACCUCGACAUUUGCCCGGGCAUAUACCGAAAGUGCAGGCAGGUGAGAGUGAGACGUGGUGAAGAUUCUGGAUAUGGACGAAUUCGGUCCAACGUCUCCAAACUUAAUUUUAACUCAAUAUUAAUCUGGUUGACAAACUGCUUUCGAAUCUGGCGCAAGACGUGUACGAGUUCAGUGUCGCGCGUACGUGAAGAUCUGCAUCGAUCUGGUCUGGCUGAAGACGCAAUCGUGUGAAGUUUAUAGUGAAGUGGCUUGAAGGCUUAAGUGAAGUGAUCAUCCAGGAGAUUAUACUAUUAGAAAACUUCCAUAGUUCGUCCAUUGUUGCGUUUGCUAACAGGAUUUUUUCGGCUUUUCCUAAUAAGUCCGCAAUCAUAAAGCACCAAGAAAAUAGGAAAAGUGACGUUCAGAUAUAUGGUUGCAAGGUGUACAUGUAGUGUAAGGUUUACAAGGUGCAAACUACGGACUAGUCACCCAAUAGAAAACACUUAUAUGAUAAAUCCAGUGGAUAUCAAUUCCCCAAUGAAAUGAAUCCAUAACAUUCAAGUUGUAUGCAAAAAAAAUCAGUUUGAUGAAUAUUAUAACGACUCCCAUGAUAACCAUAAUUUGUCGAUAUGAGUCUAAAACAAAAGAUACUGUUAUCUACAAUAUAUUUAUAUCUAACACUAUGGCAAGUAAGAUAUAGCAGUGCCAUAUGCUCAGGCGCAACCAUCCUGCAAUCCAGUAAUUUUGAGCCAACUUCUGUUGGUGCGAAAGAGUUUGAACAGAUGCACACAGACUUGAGCCGAAGUUCAAAUGAUAUAUUCUCUGGCACUGAUUUCUUUUCCAGUGUUAAGAGGGAAGUUCCCAACACUGCAGAAGCCAAACUUAAAUUUAAGGAUCACCGAAUCGAAGCCAACAGCUUCGUAAGAUGUGCAGAUGAGCCAUUACCAAAUGUACGGCAAGGAAGGCAGAACCGGACAUUCGACACUUCAGCAAGUCACUCAGAGAACCUCAGUGUGGGGAAACACUCAUCCGAUUCUAAAGCUAUGCAGAAAUUCUCUAGCCUCGUUCAAAAUGAAAUCGAUCGCAUUCUUCAAACGCCUGUUAGCGACUUUAACAUCCCACGGGGUUUGGAAUCUGGACGGUUCUUCUUUUUUAAAGGACUUAAAAAGAUGAUGUGGGGAUUAUUUGUUGGACUGCAAAUAGUCAAAACCGUCCUCUUGGCUUUAUUCUUGCCGAGCAUUUUAGGAUCACUAGGAAAAAUGGUCGGAAAAGGUAUCUCAUCGGUAUCUGGCUUCAACCACCCGAGCGAAACAGUCAGCGACCUAGAUUUCCGGGACGACUCAUAUAACUUGGAGCAGGAUAACAAGUUUGAUGGAUACAUGUAUCCGCAAGCAGAGUCAUCGAACAAUAAAUUUGUUACGCAGAUGUAUGAUUCUGCUACAGCAUACAACAAUAACCCCUUAUCGCGAUUUGGAAUGGGUGAUCAGAAACUCACGCACGUGAACUCCGGAACAAAGGGUUCUGACACGAUGUCCAUCAACAAAAGCAACUUUGAAAAUUUCCUGGAUAUACCGGCAUCAUCCCUCCUUUUAACAAAUUACGACCCAUUCUAUAGUCCAUUGCUGUCGAGGUUGGAUGCUGUGUUCCAGCAGUUGGGAUUGCAAAAAGAUAACGAAGUCUGUCGCAAGAAGCUAGUGUGCUUUAUGUACUCGAAUCCUGCUAAAUAUGCCCCUUAUAGUAAUUUAGUUUCGGCACAACUAAGCAGGGAGUUAAAUGAACUUCGGAAGCCCACCAUUGACAAUCCAGAUAUCCUGCGCUUCUUCCAGUACAUGAAGGCGGCUAAGGAUGGGCAAGAUGGGUUGAAUUGCGACAAACUUUACAAUGAUUGUACGAAUUUGAAGGACACGGAAAACCCAGUUAUGUUAACAACAUACCACGAUAUCAACAAAUUAGUACAAGCACGGAAAUUUCGGUGAAUGCUGUUGAAGGGAUCUAGUUUAAAUUGAUAAUGGUCCAGUGUUUAUUGUAUUUAUUUAUUUAUUUAUUUAUUUAAUAUUUAUCUUUGUAUUGAAGACUGCCAAAUAGGGUCCAAUGUUUAUUGUUUAAUUCAAAUGAAAGGCGUGUUUGCUUAAAGUACUUUCAAAGUCUUGUAAAUAAGAAGGUGCUAAGAAGCUCAUAUGUAAGAGGAAGCGUGAACUGUAUAUAAUACCAAGAGUAGUUGUAGAUGGUAAAGCAAUAAUAAUUUAUUUAA